AUGUCACUGGAGAUGCGAACAUUCCUGGCACCAUCGGUCCAGUCAUUCAUUCGCAAUGAGAUUGCUCGUGUGUUUAGUGGACGAGUGAUCAGUCCAGCCAAGAUGGAGGAGUUCACAGUCCUUGUUGUCAAUGGUGUGAUUGCUGACAUGGAGUCAGUGCUCACUUACAUUCAACUCCAGACUCACGAUCAGCCUCAGCCUCAACCGACUCAACAACCACCUCAACAGCCGCCACAACAGCCACUAUCUCAGUCACAACAGCCGCUACCUCAUCCACAGCAACCACUAUCACAGUCACAACAGGUACCACAUCAACAACAGCAGCCACAACAGCAUCCACAACCACAGCCACAACCACAGCCACAGCCCCAGCAACAGCCACAACAACCACCCGCACAACAACCUCAGAAACAACCAUCACCAUCACCUACACAAUCACAAACACAAUCACAGGCACCUCAACAGCGAGAAACACAUCAUCCACAGAAUCAACAGGACAGACCAUCUCAGUACCAGCAGCAGCAGCAUCAGCAACAAUCAAGACAUGAAGACGAUCAACCUCCACAUUACAUGGUCGACAAGAUAAGGAUGUCGAUUGUGCUCACGCCAAGACAUCCUCCACAUCUCAAAAAGACACUGAACGAAUUCGAGGAUAAGUAUCUCUCGGCAAGGCUCAAUGAAAGACAGCUCAUCCAAUUGUUCAUUAAGGGUCUCAAGCACCCUAAUCAAAUCGAGAAGGUCGCUCGCCAAUACCCCAAUGGAAGGCUACCCCACACUUGGGCAGACUUUAAGGAUUGCAUCUACAAAGCAUUCGACAAGGGCAAUGGCCCCGACUACCAACCAGCUCUCAACCUCGUGAAGCUCUGCGCGCCUGGCCUUAACAAGCCGACGGAAGAGUACAACACAUUGUUUCUUGACACGGUACGCGACAACGGCUUGGAGAUUAGCGCAUUUGUCUGCCGCCUCUACGUCCAAUCGCUGAGGAGCGAAAUCAGGCUCGACCCACAGAUAGCGGCGGCAGGACGCGAGUGCUCAGACUACACGGCCCGCCUCAAGAACCUAAUGAGGCGUGGACUGGAAAUACAUAACGCACGCAAACGAGAAAGGGAUGUCGGACCAGUUCACAACGAUGUCCGUGAACGUGAGCGUGAGCGCGACCGUGAACGUGAUCGUGAUCAUGAUCGUGAGCGUGAUCGUGAGCGUGACCGUGAUCGUGAUCGUGAUCGCGAGCGUGAUUUCGAUCGUAUGCCAAACAGAAGCAGCAACAGUAACAGCAACAACACUGCUGACAGUCAUAAGCGUAUGAAGUCCUAUUAUAAGCCACCAGAAAAGCACACUGUUUGCUGGAAUUGUGGAAGUGGUGACCAUCGUGACAACGAUUGUCCAACAUUGAACAAAAGGCAAUCAAACCUUUCCUCAUCCUCAUCCUCAUCUAACAAUACAUAUCAGGGUGGCAGUGGAAGUGGCAGUGGCAGUGGCUUUGGCAAUAACAGUGGAACAUACUCGAAUGAUCAUCAUCCAUCCAGGUUAACAUCAUCUUCAUCAUCGAAUUACAAUGGAGCAGGCAACAACAUCUUCCACAACAACAACAACAAUCAUAAUAACUAUCACAAUGGUUUCGAUGUGAUACCUACGAAUCCGACCCCGACAACUGGACAUCAUUACAACAGCAGUGGGUAUCAUUGA